UAUUAUUUACAUCAUUAUCUAUCAACCCCAUCUUCUCUUCUUAUUCUCCAUCUUCUCUACUGAGAUUUUUCUUUAACAAAAAAAAACUCAUCCUUGAAUGCACGGUGGUGCAUGGAUGUGGAAUCAUAGCAAAAACGAAGAAUUGGAGGACGAUGAUGAAUCUUGGGAAGUCAAAGCUUUCGAGCGAGACACUAAAGGCAACAUCUAUGGUACCACUUGGCCUCCAAGAUCUUACACUUGCAAUUUCUGCCGCCGUGAGUUCCGUUCUGCUCAAGCCUUAGGCGGUCACAUGAAUGUCCACCGCCGUGACCGUGGCUCUAAGGCUCAUCAAGGUCCUGCGGUUAGAAGCGGUGGCGGCAGCGGAGGCGGUAGGACAACGUUUCUCAGUUCUUGUGUUCCACCGUCGACAACGCUUAUAAUCCAAUCCACGGCGAGUAACAGUGAAGGCUUGUCCCACUUCAACCAAUUGCAAAACCCUAAUGGCAUGUUUGGUAAUUCCAGUGAUAUGGUGAAUUUUUAUGGUACUACGCCGUUUCCUUCGAGCAACCUUGAGUUUUCGUUGUUGAACUCGUCGGUAGAGGUUCCUCCUAGGCUUAUACAAUAUCCGACAGGAGAUGAUGAGAAAGCUGGCUCGAUGAAAGAGACGACGAGAACAUCAGUGAAUGAGCCUGAUCUUGAACUUCGACUAGGGCACAAGCCACCGUGACAUUUCACAUUCGUGACACACUUGAGGCCUUUCAUAUCCAUAUCCAUUCAUACAGAGUUUUCUGGUCUGUGAAGGCACUGCAAGUGUAACGCGUAACGUGUUCAACGCUCGAGAAAGGCAUUAUGAGAGCGAGACAAUAGAGAUUAAUGUUGAGGAAAAAUGAUGUUACCUCUACCUAAAUUUUUCUUGGUGAUGUUGCUUCUGCGUGUGUGCAUGUAUCUAUUUCUCGAUCGCAGUUAUAUAUACUUAUAGUUCGUUCUAAUCUAUAAAAAUACAUAUAUAGAACAAAGAAACGUUACCAUAAACUUAGGGUAAAGGCAACAUGAAUCCAGAAAUGGAAGAAGAUUUGAGGACCACAAAUGGAAGAAGAGAUAGAGAAGGCAUGUGAAUUCUUUUUAAUUCGUUGCAUGUUGCUUCUUACUCAGAUCUAUUUCUGUCUCCACAUUCAUCUUUAUUUAUUUAUUUUCUGUUUCAAUAUAUCAAUAUAUUAGUACUCUCUUUUCACUAA